AUGGACGACGCUACGCGCUUGCUGGAAGCGCGCAUCAUAGAGAAGGCACCCGAUGCGGAUACGCGUGGUUGGAUCCACCCCUUCUCGGUGGUGGAGGAGAAGCCCUCAGGCAAGCGCCGACGGUGGAUCGCCUGGCCGCGGGAGAAGAACGAGCAGGACCUUUACGAGACACAGCUGGACGACUUACGACACAUCGGCGAGUAUAUGUCCAGUGUUCAUGACGAGUGUGCCACCGUCAUGGAUCUCAAGGCCUCGUUCUUCCAGGUUUCGCUCCCCGUGCACACACGCAGGAACUUCCGGUGCCAUUUUCAGGACGGCACUUUGGUUCAGUUGACCCGUGUGCUCAUGGGCUACAAAGCCAGUCCUGAGCUUCUGCAGAUCGUCACUUUGACGCUCGCCGCCCAUCCGCGCUACGUCAAACGUAGUUUGGCCGUCCCCACGGGUGGCAGUGUCGAUGUUUGGAUCGACAACAUUCGUUUGUUCGGUAAGAGAGACGAAGUUGAAGUUGCUCAACAGCAGGUUCUGGUGUGUGCUGCGAACUGUGGCGCUGCUUUUGGCGAGGUCGAGAAGUGCGCCACCACUUACGAAUUUUUGGGUGUUAACUUCUCGCACGGCACCCGGACUGUUUAG